AUGAAGCAAGAUGUAGCGUACGAAGUACUGGAAGUGACGGGGAAGGACAUGGCCCUUGUUGCAACUCGAAAUAUCGAGGCGGGCGAAAGAAUUAUGGCUUCCACAGCUUCUAUUAUGGUCGAUCGCAACCUCAUCAAACAUGUUCCAGAGACUCUUAUCGAUUUGGAGGUUGGCGCAAUCGACUCCCUACCUGAAGAGCAUCGACGGGAGUACUUGAAUCUCUCCACCCAUUACCACACAACGGAACAUUCUGAGAGAAUAUCCCGGAUCAUUUUAUACAAUUCUUUCGACAUAUCGCUCGAUGAAGUUCUGGGCGGGGUACAAGACAAUUUGACUGAGUUCAGAUUCAAACCGAACGCCGGCUACCAUUUCGAUAUAGAUACAUUUACACACAACGUCUAUGCCGUACGUCCCAUUUUCGCUGGCGAAGAAAUUACCACGUCAUACAUAGAUCCGGUGCGAACCAGAGAGGAGCGGUCGCAACAAUUGGAGCAGUCCUGGCAUUUCAAAUGCAGCUGUCCAUCUUGCUCACAAAAAAGAGAAAUGAUUGCCGUGUCAGACGCACGGGUUCUUCAAAUCCAAUAUCUACAAGAACAGCUCAGGAACGGUAUACUGGCGCCUUCGACAGCUACAGGGAUGGCUGAGCUGCUUAUUUCACUCUAUGAACAAGAGGGAUUGUGGCUAGUUAUUGACGAGGCAUACACGCUUGCAGCUCUCCAGUACAAUGGUAUAGGAGAGCCUUGGCUUGCAAUGAAAUAUGCUAGGCUGGCUAUACAAAGUGGAAUCAGAUCUUCGGGAAUUAUGGACAAGUAUGUUAGAGACAACAUGGCGCUUGCCGAAAAUCCGUGGGAACACUGGAGUUGGAUGGCUAAAAGCCGUCCACAUUGGUAA